UGCCUGAAGCCAUUGACAUAUUUAGAUGAUAUUAAUGUUGUAUUACCUUUAGCACCUGCUAACUGUGCUGAAUGUGUAUAAUGCAUUUAUUGCUAUUAAAAUUAUGGAGUUAGUGAGAAGCAACAGUCAAAGACCAAAGAAAAGUUAAGCAGAAGUUAAAGUGUCUUGUUAUGAAAUAUGCAGCUCAGAAAGCAGAGUUUAUUUUGUUUAUUUUGAUUUGCAAAAUCAUUCUUCCACAUGAGAGAAAACCAAACAAUUCAAAUCACUUUCUAAGCCUCAAAAAAUACAAGCUGGAUGGAGGCAUUAUAUUUAAAAUUAGUUGCAGUCUUACUUGCCACUGUUUUCUUGCAACAAAAGAGCAAAAGUAUUUCUUCAUAUUUUUGCAUUUUUAUAUAUCAGAAAUUUGCCUUCCCACACUUAAAAAGAAGUGCUGGAAAAGAGGGUUAUUUUGAUCCCUGGGCCAAGUUCUUUAAUGCCAAAUCGCAGCGUGGAAAGAACGUCUCCAUCCAAGUUAUAAAUCCUUAAAAUGAGUUUUGAUGGAAAAUCUGGAGGAGUUUCACUGUGGAAUCUCCUCAGCUCCAUGUGAGGAGCCCUGCUGCUGCUUCUCUAGGGCAGGUGCCCCUUGGCAAUGCUCUGGUGGCUUAUUGCUUUUGAACAGAAAAGAGCAAGGAUGUUUUUAUUUUGAAAUUACUUUGUGAUUUCCGGGCAGGUCUGAAUAUUUUUCUCUGCUCUUCUCUGUUGUCUUGAUAUUAGUGAGCCACAAAGGAAGCCUAUGCAAAUUCAGUUCAUUUUUGCAUUUACAGGAAACUUAACUUUUCUUUCUGUGGUUUUGUUUAUUAAAGUGAAUGUAGGACUAGUCAUGAAACUAUCCUAGAAGUGACAAGAUAUGUAUCAGACACAGGUCUGAUGCAAGUUUAGAAUAAACAGUAAGUAUCUCACUUGGGAAUAGAAUGAGGCUUCUGGUACAGAGAGCCAUCCUUGCUAGCCUGGAUAGCCAGAGAAGUAGAAAUAUGGCUUCCUCCUUUGCACAGGCAAUGGUGCUCCUUUCCAGAUCAUCUGUUUCUUCCAAGGGAUAUCUUUUUGGCCAGGAACUGUCAUAGACAGAUGUGGUUAAGAGCUUUGGACAGGCUCAGAUAAUGUGCAAGUGUACGUGCACAUACAGGAGAAAGAAGUUUUAGUUCAUUUAUUUGUAUUGGAGAAGGCUAGCAUAGUCCUUCUUGGUCAAAAUAAUUUCUUCACGCUUCACCACUAUCAAAACCAAAAUAUUUCCUCCUCUUAUAUUUGUUGCUUCUACAACAUUACAACAACUUCCAGAAGCAUCUCAGUGUAUGUCCCACUACACAGCACAGUCAGCUCCUCUUUCUAUCACACCCUCCCUCUUUCCCCUCCCUUCUGUGACACAAAUGUGUCAGGAAUGGUUGGCUUGUGGGGAAAAACAGUUUGGUACUAAGAAGCCAGCAUCUCCAAGGUACACAUUUUAGGGUUGGAGAGCGAUUUGGAUUAAUUCAGGUUUUGUUGCAUGGACUGAAUGCUAGCUAGUGAAUGGCGUGCAUCCAGCAUGCUCUCGAAGCGUACCUCACUUUUUUGAUUCAAGUGAAGGCAAUCUUGCUCCUGUGCUCUGAGAGCACAAAAGAAGUGGCAGGUCAUUACCUUUAGAAGUGCACUCUGUAUCUGAACUGACAUGCUAAGACAGAUUCACUUUCUGAGUGCUGUCUCUAGGCUUAACACUUAGGCCCACUGGGAAUCCUGUUCUUCUUCUCUUUAAUAAAAUUAACUGAGAUACUAGUUUGAAUCAAUGUCUUAUGUAAAGGCAUUAUUGAGUAAUAGGUCCUGUAUUUUGUUGUACUUUCACUAAAAUGAUGCCAAAAUGUACUUUAAACUUGAAAAAUAUAGCUAAAUUAGAGGUACAGGUAAGUAAAUGGAGUACUAAUAUAAAAAAGUCACAGGGUUGGCUGUUUUGGAGGCUUGCUCUGCAUGGCACUUAGCAUCAUCUCCUGUUAAUUCAGGAAGCUCGAGGCCAGUAUUAAUAACUGUGGUGUUGUUGCUCUCUUAACAAGUCUCUCUUCGCCGCAGUACAAGUCUGCAGAGACCCAGCCGUCUGGCUGGGGCCUUUGCAACUGCAGUGUGAAUAUCUGGCUCCUUCCUGUGGCACUUUAUUGCUAUUGCACAGGGCUGAAGAGUAGCUGCAAUAAACUAGUAAACUAGACGCUGUGUUUAAACUAUGAAGCAAAUUGGUAUGCUUCUUUUCAAAGGAUUCUUUUCAGGUUAUUUCAUUCUAUAAAGAGUUAGGUUUUGUUUAAUUUGCAAUAUACAAAUCACUUAGCAAAACUUAUGCACACUCAAAUACACACUCAAAGGGACUUAUACUGUUAAUUUUCAUCUGGCGCAGACACAUCACAAGCCUUGCUUCAAUGUCAUUGGUGAAUAUUGGCCUCAAAGACGUGUUAAUUCUGAGUUGGGAUUUGGUUGAAAUGUGAGGAAAGAGAGAACAGUAAUCAGUGCAAAUGUCACUUGGAUGAUAAGAUCACAAACUCUAAGUGAAACUUGGAAAUAUAAAACGGCCUCCCAAUAGCUGAAUAAAUAUCUAAAGAUUGCCAGUGAUUGCUGAACAGUAUUCUUUCUAUUCAUUUUCUUUGCUGGGAUUAGCAAAGUUUUAUUUAAUUUAAUUGUAUUUUUAUAUGAAUAUUACUGAGUAGUGUUGACGGAUAUAUGCUGCUAUUUGCAACAUAGAAUUGUACUAUAGGGAUUCUGACAUUUUAGUUAAUUUCUAUGUAUCGCUCUGAAUGGUUUCUAUUCCUUAAAUUGUAAUUGUUCUCAUUUGCUCACUGGGAUUCAGAAACAGGGUUUCUGGAAUGUCAUUUAAUACUCAUUUCAUUCUGUUAAAUGAAAUGCAUUGGCUUCCACCUUGCCUAUAAAUUAAGUAAUUCUAGUUUCAUUUUCUGGCCAUAUAUUUUUAAUUGUGUAAAUAUUUUUCCUUGUCAUGUAAUUUGCUCAAUGUUACAGAAAGUGCCACCCCCAGCCUCCCAGUUUUACUUUGAAGCACAUGAGUUGGAGAGUGUUUUCUAUAAUUUACACUGACUGGGCUAACCACUACCUAGCAAAAUCUGGCCACAAGCGGUUGAUCAAGGAUUUGCAACAGGACAUUGCAGAUGGAGUUCUGCUAGCAGAAAUCAUCCAGAUCAUCGCAAAUGAGAAGGUUGAAGAUAUCAAUGGCUGUCCCCGGAGCCAGUCUCAAAUGAUUGAGAAUGUUGAUGUUUGCCUUAGCUUUCUGGCAGCCAGAGGCGUAAAUGUCCAAGGUCUUUCUGCGGAAGAAAUAAGGAAUGGAAAUUUGAAAGCCAUUUUAGGGCUGUUUUUCAGUUUGUCUCGGUACAAACAGCAGCAACAUCAUCAGCAACAGUACUAUCAGUCUUUGGUGGAGCUACAACAGCAAGUCCCUUCACCUGCAGCUGAAAGCAGCCAGUCCAAAACACACCAAGAUAUGCAGUCGAGUCUCACAGCCAGAUAUGCAACUCAGUCUAAUCACAGUGGAAUUGCAACCAGUCAAAAAAAGACUUCUAGGCUUCCAGGACCCUCAAGGGUGCCAGCUGCAGGCAGCAGUACCAAAGUCCAGGGAGCUUCUAAUUUAAAUCGGAGGAGCCAGAGCUUUAACAGCAUUGACAAAAACAAGCCUCCACAAUAUGCAAACGGAAAUGAAAAAGCAGAUUCACCAAAAGGCCCUCACCCAUCUGCAGGCAUGAAUGGAAACGUGCAGCAUCCCACCAGCACCGGGCAGCAGCAGGUCUCUGCCAUACCCUCUCCAAGUGCCAGCAAGCCUUGGCGCAGCAAAUCCAUGAAUGUCAAACACAGCGCGACCUCGACCAUGCUGUCCGUGAAGCAGCCUAGUCCCGCAACCUCCCCUACUCCAUCUUCAGACAGGCUCAAGCCACCCCCAUCUGAAGGCAUGAAGCCACCUUCAUCUGGACAAAAAUCUAUGCUGGAAAAAUUCAAGCUAGUUAAUGCUAGGACUGCUCUGAGACCUCCUUUGUCAUUGAGCUCAGGACCCAGUGAUAGUGGGAGAGAAGACGAUACCUUUUCAGAGUGUGGUGAGACAGAUGUGUUAAGCGGUGGGGUGAACAGCGGCGGCUCCACAAGUAGCAGUCCUAAAGUAUCACCGAAGUUAACUCCUCCAAAAGCUGGAAGCAAAAAUCUCAGCAAUAAAAAGUCUUUGCUACAGCCAAAGGACAAAGAGGAAAAGAACAGGGACAAAAAUAAAGUAUGCACUGAGAAAACAGUCAAGGAGGAGAAGGACCAAGUCACUGAAACAUCUACAAAGAAGAGCUCAAAAAUUGCAAGCUUAAUCCCAAAGGGAAGCAAGACAGCAACAGCCAAGAAGGAAAGUUUAAUACCGUCUUCUAGUGGGAUCCCAAAACCUGGAUCGAAGGUGCCAACAGCAAAGCAGAGUGCUUCAUCUGUGUGCACAGGAAGUAAGGAGGUUGAGAAACUGAGGACUACAAAAGGAAACCAAUCCCAAACAACACCAAAAUCUCAACUCAAUGAGAAGGCUUCUCCUUCCUGUGGGCUUGCUUCUUCUGAAGGGAGAGAACCAAGCACAGCUCUCGCCCCAGGCUCCUCUGCAGCUCUCUCGGGCUCAGUGGCAGCAAGCAGCAGCCAAGGCACGGGGAACGGCAUCGUCCAACUUCCUCAGCAACAGCAAUACAGCCACCCCAACACUGCCACAGUAGCUCCUUUCAUUUAUAGAACUCUCUCAGAAAAUGACAGUACCUCUUUACCACCUGCUGACUCCUGCACCAGUCCUACUAAAAUGGAUUUGUCAUUCAGUAAGACUGCCAAACAGUGCCUAGAGGAGAUAUCUGGGGAAGACCCUGAAACAAGAAGAAUGAGAACUGUAAAGAAUAUAGCAGACCUGAGACAGAAUUUGGAAGAAACUAUGUCCAGCCUUAGAGGGACCCAGAUAAGCCACAGCACGUUGGAGACAACUUUUGACAGCACUGUGACAACUGAGGUGAAUGGGAGAAGCAUACCAAGCUUGACAAGCCGGUCCACCCCAGUGACUUGGAGGUUAGGGCAGGCCAGCCCUCGGCUGCAGGCAGGAGAUGCCCCAUCCUUGGGUGCUGGUUAUCCUCGCAGCAGCGCAAGUCGCUUCAUACACACAGACCCUUCUCGAUUCAUGUACACCACCCCGCUUCGCCGAGCAGCGGUUUCUCGCCUUGGAAAUAUCUCUCAGAUCGACAUGAGUGAGAAAGGAGGUAGUGAUUUGGACAUGUCCUCUGAAGUUGACGCUGGUGGCUACAUGAGUGAUGGGGACAUUCUUGGGAAAAGUCUUAGAACUGAUGACAUCAAUAGUGGGUACAUGACAGAUGGAGGACUCAACCUAUAUACGAGAAGUCUGAACCGAAUACCAGACCUAGCUGCUUCUCGAGAUGUCAUUCAGAGAGGGGUUCAUGACGUGACUGUGGAUGCAGACAGCUGGGAUGACAGCAGCUCAGUAAGUAGUGGCCUCAGUGACACUCUUGACAACCUCAGCACAGAUGAUUUGAACACCACCUCAUCUGUCAGCUCUUAUUCCAAUAUAACUGCCUCUUCAAGAAAGAAUGCUCAUGCCCAGCUGAAGACAGACUCAGAGAAGCGCUCAGUUACAGACAGCGAAACUUGGGGCAGCACUGAAGAGCUGAAGAAACCAGAGGAAGAUUUUGACAGCAGCAUAGACAGCAGUGGCAAGUGGAAAGGCCUUCCCUCGGGGCUCUCUGAAGAGUCAGAGAAGGGGGGUCAGAAAGCAUCCCUCUCUGUUUCACAGACUGGAUCCUGGAGGAGAGGCAUGACUGCACAAGUAGGAGCAACUCAGUCCAGGCACAAAGCAGGAACCAGUGCUCUCAAGACCCCGGGAAAAACAGAUGAUGCUAAAGCUUCAGAAAAAGUGAAAACUCCCCUGAAAGGAGCCUCCAUUCAGCGCUCUCCAUCAGAUGCAGGGAAAAGCAGUGGCGAUGAAGGAAAGAAGCCUCCCUCUGGCAUUGGGCGAUCAACUGCUACUGGGUCCUUUGGAUUCAAGAAGUCUGGGAUGGGCUCUUCUACCAUAAUCACCACAAGUGGCGCCACCAUCACAAGUGGCUCGGCGACUCUGGGAAAAAUGCCAAAAUCUUCAGCCAUCGGUGGGAAGUCCAACGCGGGGCGGAAGACAAGCUUAGACGGUUCCCAGAACCAGGAUGAUGGUGUCCUGCACAUGAACUCAAAGACGACACUGCAGUAUCGAAGCCUGCCUCGCCCAUCAAAGUCCAGCGGCAGCGGGAUCCCCGGCCGAGGCGGGCACCGCUCCAGCACCAGCAGCAUUGACUCCAACGUCAGCAGCAAGUCUGCGGGUGCUGCCGCCACCAAACUGCGGGAGCCAAGCAAGAUCGGGUCUGGGAGGUCCAGUCCUGUCACCAUCAAUCAGACAGACAAGGAGAAGGAGAAAGUGGCUGUGUCUGAUUCUGAGAGUGUCUCACUAUCAAGUUCCCCCAAAUCCAGCCCAACUUCUGCAAGCGCCUCUGGCACACCGGGUCUUAGGCAGCCAGGAUCCAAAUACCCAGAUAUUGCCUCACCCACUUUUCGAAGGUUGUUUGGUGCCAAGGCAAGUGGUAAAGCUGCCUCUGCACCCAGUACUGAAGGUGUGAAACCCACAUCGGCAAUGCCCAGCCCUAGUACCACCUUGGCACGGCAAGGCAGCCUGGAAUCGCCGUCCUCGGGCACAGGCAGCAUGGGCAGUGCAGGUGGGCAAAGUGGUAGCAGCAGCCCCCUCUUCAGUAAACCUUCGGACUUAAAUGCAGAUGUUGUAAGCUUAAGUCACUCCUUGGCUUCCAGUCCCGCCUCAGUGCACUCUUUCACAUCAGGUGGUCUUGUGUGGGCUGCAAACCUGAGCAGCUCUUCAGCGGGCAGUAAGGACACACCAAGUUACCAGUCCAUGACUAGCCUUCACACCAGUUCCGAGUCUAUUGACCUUCCUCUUAGCCAUCAUGGCUCUCUCUCUGGACUGACAACAAGCACUCAGGAGGUUCAGAGCCUGCUCAUGAGGACUGGAAGCGUCAGAUCUACUCUUUCGGAAAGCAUGCAGCUUGACAGAAAUACACUACCCAAAAAGGGAUUAAGAUACACUCCGUCAUCCCGGCAGACGAGUCAGGAGGAAGGAAAGGAGUGGCUACGCUCCCAUUCAACUGGAGGCCUGCAAGACACUGGCAGUCAGUCCCCACUUGUUUCUCCUUCAGCUAUGUCUUCAUCUGCAACUGGAAAAUAUCACUUUUCCAACCUGGUGAGCCCAACCAACCUGUCUCAGUUUAACCUUCCUGGACCAAGUAUGAUGCGUUCAAACAGCAUCCCUGCACAAGACACUUCUUUUGAUCUGUAUGACGACUCCCAGCUGUGUGGCAGUGCUACAUCCCUAGAAGAGAGACCACGAGCCAUUAGUCAUUCAGGUUCAUUCAGGGACAGCAUGGAGGAAGUACAUGGGUCCUCAUUAUCACUUGUCUCCAGCACAUCCUCUCUCUACUCUACGGCAGAAGAAAAGGCACAUUCAGAGCAAAUUCAGAAACUACGGAGAGAGCUGGUUGCAUCACAAGAAAAAGUUGCUACACUUACAUCUCAACUUUCAGCAAAUGCUCAUCUAGUAGCAGCUUUUGAAAAAAGCUUGGGAAAUAUGACCGGACGGUUGCAAAGUCUAACAAUGACAGCUGAACAAAAGGAAUCUGAGCUUAUAGAGUUACGGGAAACCAUUGAAAUGCUGAAAGCCCAGAACUCUGCUGCGCAAGCUGCUAUUCAAGGAGCCUUGAAUGGUCCUGAUCAUACCCACAAAGAUUUACGUAUAAGACGGCAACAUUCUUCAGAGAGUGUUUCCAGCAUCAACAGUGCGACAAGCCACUCAAGCAUUGGCAGUGGUAAUGAUGCUGACUCCAAGAAGAAGAAAAAGAAAAACUGGGUGAACUCUAGAGGAAGUGAGCUAAGAAGCUCUUUCAAACAGGCCUUUGGAAAGAAGAAGUCCACCAAGCCUCCUUCCUCACAUUCUGACAUAGAAGAGCUGACAGAUUCCUCCCUUCCUUCAUCACCCAAAUUGCCCCACAGCUCAGGAGAGUGUGGGGCAACAUCAAUGAAACCAUCACAGUCAGCGUCUGCGAUCUGUGAGUGCACAGAGGCAGAGGCUGAAAUUAUUCUUCAGCUAAAGAGUGAGCUGAGGGAGAAAGAGCUAAAAUUAACGGACAUUCGUCUUGAAGCCCUCAGCUCUGCACAUCAUCUGGAUCAGAUUCGGGAAGCCAUGAACCGCAUGCAGAAUGAAAUAGAGAUACUGAAAGCUGAAAAUGAUCGUUUAAAGGCAGAGACUGGAAAUACUGGAAAGCCUGCUCGGCCGUCAUCAGAAUCUUCAAGCAGCACAUCAUCUUCUUCAUCACGGCAGUCACUAGGACUUUCUCUGAACAAUUUAAACAUCACAGAAUCUGUUACAUCAGAUAUUUUGUUAGACGAUGUCACAGAUGGAGCACUCCACAGAGAAGGCCACAGUGUGAAAAUUUUAGUUACUAUAAACAAGGGCUAUAGCCGAGCCAAGGAUCAAAAAACACAUGCAUAUCUGAUAGGAUCAAUCGGAGUCAGUGGAAAAACAAAAUGGGACGUUUUAGAUGGUGUAAUCAGGCGUCUCUUUAAGGAAUAUAUUUUCCGAGUGGACCCAGCUACUAGCCUGGGUUUAAGCUCUGACUGCAUUGCUAGCUAUUCUAUAGGGGAUGUAAUUAGAGCCCAUAGCCUAGAAGUGCCUGAACUGCUGCCUUGUGGAUAUCUGGUUGGAGAUAAUAACAUCAUCACUGUGAACCUGAAAGGAGUGGAAGAAAACAGUUUGGACAGUUUUGUGUUUGACACAUUAAUUCCUAAGCCAAUUACCCAGCGUUACUUUAAUUUACUGAUGGAGCAUCGCAGAAUUAUUCUUUCGGGACCCAGUGGCACAGGAAAGACCUAUUUAGCUAAUAGGCUGGCUGAAUAUGUUAUAACUAAAUCUGGCAGGAAAAAAACUGAGGAUGCAAUUGCAACUUUUAACGUAGAUCACAAGUCAAGCAAGGAUCUGCGACAAUACCUAGCUAACCUAGCCGAACAAUGCAGUGCUGACAACAAUGGUGCUGACCUCCCUGUGGUCAUAAUUCUGGAUAAUCUCCACCACAUCAGUUCACUAAGUGACAUCUUCAAUGGUUUUCUCAAUUGUAAAUAUAAUAAAUGUCCCUAUAUUAUUGGAACUAUGAACCAGGGAGUUUCUUCUUCACCAAAUCUGGAGCUGCAUCACAAUUUCAGGUGGGUGCUAUGUGCUAAUCACACAGAGCCUGUUAAAGGCUUCUUGGGCAGAUAUCUGAGAAGGAAGCUGAUUGAGACUGAAAUAGAAAAGAACAUACGCAAUAAUGAGCUCAUCAAAAUCAUUGACUGGAUCCCAAAAACAUGGCAUCAUCUCAACAGCUUUCUAGAAACACACAGUUCUUCAGAUGUAACCAUUGGUCCCCGCCUUUUCCUCCCUUGUCCUAUGGAUGUUGAUGGCUCCAGAGUGUGGUUCACAGACCUCUGGAACUACUCCUUGGUGCCAUAUCUUCUGGAAGCAGUGAGAGAAGGGCUUCAGAUGUACGGUAAGAGGGCACCCUGGGAGGAUCCCUCCAAGUGGGUAGCUGAUACCUAUCCAUGGAGCUCUGCAACUCUGCAACAUGACUGGCCAUCAUUACUUCAGUUAAGACCAGAAGAUGUUGGUUAUGAAGGCUAUGCAUCAGCAAAAGAAGGAACAACCUCAAAACAUGCCCCACAGACUGAUACAGAGGGGGAUCCCUUGAUGAAUAUGCUAAUGAGGCUUCAAGAGGCAGCCAACUAUUCGAGCGCACAAAGCUGUGACAGUGAUAGCACCAGCCACCAUGACGACAUUUUGGAUUCAUCCCUUGAAUCGACUCUCUGAAAGGGACAAACCUUGGUGAAGGAUUAUGGUAAAAUCUGUUUCCACUAGACCACUGCCAGUAUUAAAGCAGCACACCGAGGUCCCUGAAUGAGAAUGGUGUGUUGUAGGUAGGCAGGAGACCUAACUCCGCAAAGUCAGGAAGAAAAAUUGAAGUGGAAAGCUUGAAUUAGUUUAAUUUCAAGGCAUUUUGAUACCUACGGAGCCAAGUGAGACUCCAAUUGUCAACUGGAAAAUGCCCUAGAUCAAGGGCAUCUAAGCAGAUUGCACACGUGUUAGCCAAACUGGAAUUUUUUUUCUUUUCCUCUUUCUCUUUCUCUCUUUCUCUGCCUCUCUGUCUGCGUCUCUGUUUCUCUGUACAAGUUUACAGUGCAACUUGGGUUUUUCUUGUUGGUGUUUUUUUUUUUCCUUUAGUUUACCCUGAGGCACUGCAUGAACAAUGCAGUCUUCUAAUUCACUUCUAACCUCUGUUGUGCCACAUGGUGCUGGUCACAGGACUGCAGUGGUGUUUGUGUUGUACGCUACUGCCCAUUCCAAAAUGAGUCAGAGAUGAUGAUAGUAACUCAGAAAGCACAAACAGUAUUGUGCAAUCACCAGAAAACAUGACUGUGAUAUGCUGGAUAAGUGCCAAUUUAAUUCUAACUGCCAUGGUCACGGUGAUGCGCUCCAUCAAGUUUUUAGUACACAAGUCACAGAUUUUAUAAAGUUGUUUUUACCACAAAGGUCUUUUUUAACCACCUGCCCACUCCUUAACAACAGUUUUAUACCAAUUAUUAACCAACACUGAUUAAAGGCUUCUUAGGGCUUCAUUUGUUUGAGCCUUUUCAGUGAAAGAAGGAACAUUUCUUAUGGUGCUGUCUCACUGCCUUAAAACAGAUUUCUAGAACAGUCUUACAGUUGGUUUAGUUCCUAAACCAUUGGUAAUUUACACUGUUUUUUUCUUCAUUUACUAAUGAAAAAACGUCAGUUAACACAGUAGCCUCAUAUCUGUAUAUCAUGAUUUUUUAAAGAAAUGGAUAGGAGAAAGAACAGUUGCUAUAUAAUAUUUUUAUCUUGUGAAUAGAUUGCUCUGCCUACCCUCAGAAAUACACAAGGAACCCAAACCCACUUCCACUGCCACCUAAAUGCUGAGAAAAUCGGCUCAAAUCCAUUUGGUCCCAUGGAAUGGAGUUUUUGGAGGAUAGAUGUUUUGAAUUUUUAUCCAGCAGAGCUGGAUGCACUUGAUGCAGCAUGAGCACAAAUAUAUGUUUUUUUUUUUUUUCCUUUUUCUAGUUUUAGCAUGUUGUUUUGAUUGCUAUAGUUGUACAUGAAAAAAAACAGCAUAAAAGAACACUGAAGCAGUGAUGUCCACUGUGGAAGAGGAAGAGUUUAUACUGUAAAAGUGGGUUGGUUUUGCACAGUCUACUGGGUGGGUAAUGUAAAUAUGAAAAAAGAAAAACAAACAAACAAAAAAAAAAGCCUUGCACAAAUCAAAUCAAAAACAAGCAAACAAAAAAUUGUAUUUUAUUCUGUUGGUGUUAAGAGAUGUUUCACUUGCUGAGAUUUCCUGUAUGUUGCAAACAAAUACAGAAUACAAACCUUAAAAGCUGUUAUUACCUGGUGUGUUUGUCCUGUACUUACAGUUGUUCUGACUAUGCAGGAGCUAUCAAUGCUACAGUGAGCAUGUUUCAAUAUCUAUAUGAAGCCAAUACCUUUUGGGGGACAAAACAUCUGGAAAUGUUUAAGUGCAUAUGUCAUGGCAGGCUACAACCAGAUUGCAUUAAAACUGCUCAGAAUAUCCGGGAGUGCUCCUUUACCACAAGAGGCAUCCGGUUCAAAUAGGUGCAUAUAAACCAGAAGGUACCUAAGGGCUUUGGCAUUGUGUAGACAUGUACUGUACACCUCCAUAGAUGUUAUCUUCAGGAUGUGUAUUUGGUGCUAUUAACACUUUGUGGCCACCCCGUGGUCGCUUGCUGUAAAACAAAGAUAAAUCAAUGCAGUUUUCAAAUGGCACUGAGCUGCAUCACUGAAUCUAGAGGUUCCUACACGGUGCUAUUGCCCUAAUAAAACUCCAACUGAUGUUAUGCAUGUAGGAUUCAGUCAGACCAACAUCAUGCCCCCAAAAUUUGGAUCCAUUUCUGUUGUACAAUGUCAGUGCGUACAUCCUGACUGACUCAAAGAACUAAAGGAAAGCUGCUCUUUCCUGUACCUGUGCUCUGAGCAAACCUGCAGAUCUUUUCCUGCCAUAUUUAACACACAAACACACAAUAUCACAUAUACAAAACUUCCUGCAAUACAUCUCAGUGAGUCCACCUAGUUUACAACUCAGAAAUUGUUUGUGAAACAUUUGUCUGUAUACAUUUUAUAUUUUGUACAUUUUUUGAUGUAACAUAUCAUGUAAAUAGACAGAAACAGUGAAAUAAAUCAUCUGAAAAGUUUUGUAGUCUUUGUAAAGCCCUAAUAAUAAGUAUUUGGUGUCAUCGGACUUAACUGGAUGAUGUAUUUUCUAUUGGUUUAUUGUUCCUCUAGCUUGUAAACCAGCUUGCGUAUAUUUUUUUGCAGGUGUGCGCACUGUAUCUGUCUAAAUUAUUACUUUGCCAUUAAAGUGGAAUUA